CUUACCGCUUGAUUGAUUACCUCUCAAAUAACUUGGAUGUUUGACUGAAGAUGUUCAGUGACUCAGUAAAGGAUGCAAAGAAGCAGUCUCGUAAAAAAGUUGUUGGUAGCAAGCCUAAGGUUGAGUAUUAUCGUGAAAUAGCCAAGGCAGUUUUUGAUGUCGAGGGUGAGGGUGAGUGUGCAGUGUACCGAAUGGAGCCUGAACGUUAUGCAACAUCUGUUAUGGGUCGGAUUACCUAUUUACAAAAGACAUAUACUGCAUGUCGCAAGAUGCUGAGGAGUACUGGUGAAGGCUUGAAAGACGAAAACCUUGGUGAUGCGGGGGAUUCUGAGUCUUACCAUAACCAGUUAGAAUCAAUUCGAUCAUUUUUCCCUUGGUGGGACACACUGAAUGGUUGGUGGUCCGAGCAUCCCAAGUAUGCAUUUCAGAUGGUGUCAAACUCAGUAAGCGGUGUUGAAAAGAUGGUUCUGGAUGAGGAAGAUGAGAAUGGUCUUGAUUCAUUUAAUUAGGUCCGGGGAACUACUUCCCAUCCACCCUCACUUUCCAGGUCAUCUCCACCUCUUGAAUCUCCGAUCUUGUUCCAACCCGGCCCACUUCCUCACAUUGAUCCAGCACUUCUUGACAUGGAACCACCACUUUUCCGCAUGGAUCUACCACUUCCCCAUGCGGACCCACAGCUCCCUGAUAUCAAGCCAGGGCUGGAUUUGGAAGAUCCUAGCACGCCAUCCCAAACCUCUUCUUGUACAUUGGCACGGACCCCCACAUCUAUUGUGGCAAAAUCAAAG